AUGUCUGACCAAAAAUACGCUUUUGUUACUGGAGCUUCUUCAGGUAUUGGAUAUGCUUUGACUGAAUCAUUUUCUAAGAGAGGAUAUAAAGUUUUUGCAUCAGCACCUAAAUCAGAAUUACCUGCUUUGAAACCUUUAAAAGAUAAGUAUGGAGCUAUUAUUUUCGAUUGUGAUAUAACCAGUUUGGAAGAUAUAAUCAAAGCCAAGAAAUUAGUCCAACAAACCAACGGUGGUAGAGUUGAUAUUUUAUAUAAUAAUGCAGGUAUGGCAACUGGAGGACCAUCAGCAGAUAUUGAUGAACGUCUAUUAGAUAAGAUAUUCCAAGUCAAUGUUUUAGGACAUAUCAAUGUUACCAAACAUUUUAUCGAUUAUGUUAUUCCUUAUAAAGGUACUAUUGUUUUCACCAGUUCAGUAGCUUCGAUAAUUCCAUUACCAUGGUCUGCGGCUUAUAAUGCAACCAAAGCCGCUAUUAAUAUGUAUGCUAAAAAUUUGCACUAUGAAAUGAAACCUUUUGGAGUUUCUGUUCAUUCAGUUAUUACUGGGGGUGUAGAUACUCAUAUUACUGAUGAUGCUCCAUCACAUUAUGAAUCCAAAUGGUUCUCUUCUGAGGGUAUGGAAGACACCAUUAAAGCUUGUAAGAAUAUGACAAAAGAUCCUCUGCAAACUGAACAACCUGAUGUAUAUGCCGAAGGUAUUGCCAAUAUGGUUACAAAGAAGAAUAGCAAAUUUAAUCUUUAUAAAGGAGGUAAAUCUUAUACCAUAUAUCUUGUUACCUUACUUAUACCGUUAUCAAUAAUUCAAUUCUUCCUUGGAUUCCAUUUCAAACAAAACAAAGUUUUAUCUGCAACUCGUAAAAAAGUCCUUGCUAAUGAUAGCAGAAAAUUGAAAUAA